UUGUGCGGUUUCGUUGUUUUCGUUAUCGCCGGGGCUGGUAUGUUUCGCGUUGUUGCCAAUAAAGCUUAGGAAGCGGUUUAAGGUGCUUCGGAGAAACUUUUAGUUACUUCAACGACAUUUUGCGAGACGGACGUGCACGCGGCUAAAUUUCGAUGCGAAAAUAAAAAAAGAAAACGAUUAAAAUAAUACUAAAUUAUAAAACCUUUAUGUAUUAAAGUGCUUGUGUUCCGAGAAAGAGGAGUCUAAGAUUUUGGGGCUUUUCGUUGCUGUUCAGUUUUCUACAAAUACCAUAAAGCUAUCAUUUAAAAGAUACGAAAAGCAUGAGUCGUGAAAGCGAUGACAACUUAAGCUCGAUUAAUUCAACGUACACAGAUCUGUAUCAAGAGACUGUAAAGCGCUUUACACGCUCCUCACUUUCGCCAGAAAUGGACCACUACACAUCGUCACGUAAUUCAACCAAAUCGACAACGACAUCCCAGAAAUCCGGGGAUGGGGAUCGCCGCACCUCUUUCGAUUUGUAUUUUGAGGCCACAGGUCGACGCCGCAGUUCAGAUCAAGGAGUCGUUCUCACACACGAUACAGAACAGUUUAUUAUUGGUCAAAAAGUAUGGGUUGGCGGCAUACGUCCCGGUCAGAUAGCCUACAUUGGCGAGACACAUUUCGCACCCGGAGAAUGGGCUGGUAUCGUACUGGAUGAACCAAAUGGCAAAAACGAUGGCUGCGUCGCUGGUAAACGUUACUUUCAGUGUGAACCAAAGCGUGGUAUUUUCUCACGCCUCACGCGUCUAACUUUGGCGCCGCUUUCCGGCGCACAAACGCCCACUUCUCCGCUAUCCAAAAUGUCGCCAGAUCGUUCACGCACAGUGUCACCAACUGCCAGCGUGCGGAGCUCGUUCCUACGGAGUCCUAGCAAAAAUGGAUUGACAGUAGGUGAUCGCAUUAUUGUGUCAUCUGGUUUUGGCAGCCGUCCUGGUAUUUUACGUUAUUUGGGCGAAACACAGUUUGCUUCGGGCAAUUGGUGUGGCGUGGAAUUAGAUGAACCUUCGGGUAAAAACGAUGGCUCUGUGGAUGGUGUAAGCUAUUUCGAAUGCAAACCAAAAUAUGGAGUAUUUGUUCCGAUCGCCAAAGUCUCACUGUCACCUUCGUCGAAGAAAUCGCGACUUUCCAGAACGGGCUCCCGAGAAUCUCUAACUUCCAUUGGCACAAUGAACAGCAUUGCCACAACGAAUACAUCACGCUUGCGCAUGAGUGCACAGCGCAAACCUUUGUCAAUCAAGCCGAUCGUUGCCACACCAAAAUCUCAAUAUUCCAUGCAGGAUUUACUACAUGAGAAACAAAAACAUAUUGAGCAGUUGAUGAUAGAACGGGAGCUGGAUCGUGAGGACUGCCAGAAUCAAGCGCUACAAUACCAAAAGAAUAUUAACGAGGAUAAACUCAUUGAUUCGGAUCGUUGGGCCCGUCUAAUUGCUCGCCGCAGCUAUCGCCUGGCUGACCUACGUCGCGAAUUUCGCGGCUGGUACGGCAAUCACGAACGACACUGCCUUCUGCACAGCAUCCUCACACCGCUUCGCAUUAAAUAGGAUAUGUAAGCGAUGAAGAGCGAAACUUAGAAUACCCUACUAGAAGUAACUGGUGCUCAAACUCUUUGAGGGAGUCGGAGAAUGGGAAAUAAAUUGGAGCUUUGACUUAGCAACACCAAAACUUGUUUAAAAACCAUAGCAGGAAGUCGGUUGUAAUUCCGGUGCUGUCUCUAACUACGAUAUUUAAAAAAAAAAACCUAUUUAUAAUAAUAAAACGCACAAAAAAAUACAAGAACACUUGUACCGAACGCAACUACUUGUUAAAUAAAUGUAUUUAGUUAUUUGAGCGAAUUUUAUUGCUUUGAACGAUUAUUUUUGAAUUUUGUUAUGUUGUACAUAUGUAUUUACCAAAACCAACUGCUUAAUCACAAGCACAAAUGGAACAAUAAUAAAUAUGUAUAAAUUAUGUAAAUUCAUAUGCUGAUCUUUAUUAUGUACAUGCGUAUGUAAAAUAAAAAUGUGUAAUAAA